AACAAUUUCCUUAAAAGUCAUUACAUGAGCAAUUUUUCAAAAGAAAUAUUUUUAAUCUAUUAAAACGUGGAGAUCUGCACGCAGUUCUCAACUUUCCCAGUGCUCCUGAAAGCAACAUCAGUGAGGGGAUUCACGCAGCUGCAGAGCAUCGGAGAAGCAGAUGGAAACUGUUUCAGUGUUUGGAACCAGAAAAAAGUCUGCAACUAAACCAGAUAAUGAGCAGAAGGAAGAAGAACAGGAAGAGAUAAUGGAGCUUUCUGCUUCAGAGGACUUUCUCUCAGACUCCAGCCAUGAUUUGGACAGUGAUUAUAUCCCAUCAGCUCCUCCUUCCUCAGAGGAUGAACUAACCUUUUCACAGCCUAAGCUCAUGAAGACACAUGAUGCAUUAAAAAACCCUGGCAAAACCUCUCUCAGCCAAAGCUAUGUUCAUGAACAGAAGACACUGAUGGACAGUGGUAAAAGUAAUGAAGCUCUGGACAUGCAUUACAAUGCAGAUACUGAGGAAGAAAAUCCGGAGGAAUAUGAAGAUGAUGAGGAACCUGACAUUCUGACUCAGAGGCCCACAAAAGCAGAACCAUCAGAUGAUCACAGACAGACAGCAGGAAAAAGAGUGACGUACAGAGGAAAAGGGCCAAGGAAGAAGGUUGAACCAGCUGAAGAUUCAGAUGAUCAGGGAGAACCACUGAGCCAGUGCUCAAAAUAUGCAGAACCAUCAGAGGACAUCAAGAAGAAAUAUAAGAUAGGAACCUACAAAGUAAAAAGGUCAAGAAAGAUUGUUGAAUCACCUGAAGAUUCACAUGAUGAGACAGCACAAGAUCAGGCAAAACUGUUGAGCCAAAGCUCCAAAUCUGCAGAACCAACAGAGGGCUUCAAGAAGAAAAAGAAGACAGAACUGGAUCAGCUUCUUCUCACCAAACAAGGGGUGAAAAAAAGGCCUUGGAGUUCAGCUGAGAAAGCAGCAGUAUGGCGACAGCUUGGAAAGUACAUAACCUUAGAGACCAUUCCUGGUAAAGUACCUUAAGGCACUUAAGACAGAGCCAGUGCUCAAGAGUAGAACCUGGAAAGAUAUUAAAAACCAUGUCUACAACUCCAUCACAGCACAGAAGAGGAAACGGUUGUACACUGUUUGCGUUCGCAUGAUUGUUCGUGGUUCACAUGUCUCAGUGUUGUGAGGUGGAGUUCUUUUGGUGUGACACAAUGAGGCCUAGGUGUGUUGAUGCUAGGCAUGUUUCUAAGCUUUUAUAUAUAUAUAUUUUUUUAAAUUUGGAACAGAUGUAUGUUCACACUGGCUACAAUCAUAAAAACUACAUUUUAAAAGGCACUUUUUCCCCCAGUUUAUUUUUCAAAAGCAAUUGAAGUUAAAAUAACGAAAGCUGUCAUUUAAAAUGUCCAGCUAUUUAUAGGAUUUAAAAAAAAAAUCCUUGUUUUUCUGUUUAAUUUAAUAAAAGGAUGCUUUGCAAAGAAAUUGUUUCUUUUUAAUGAAACUGCAUGAAUUAGUCUAAAGUUUAUAUAUAAUCUAAACGUAAAAAUCGGGAAGAAUGAUUUAAUUUUUGUACUUGACAAAUAAAAUGUAAUAGAUAAAUGUAAAAAUCCCAGCACUGUAGCUGCUAAACUUGCUAGAAUCUAUCUAUCUAUCUAUCUAUCUAUCUAUCUAUCUAUCUAUCUAUCUAUCUAUCUAUCUAUCUAUCUAUCUAUCUA